GUCCGAACAGAGACCUUGCGCGUGAUCCAUUCCAAUGAAUAACAAACUGCGGGACAACGCUUCAGACCCCGGCAUGGCGCGAGGAGGGGAGAACACGGAGGCUCGCACGCGGAUGCAGGACGCGCUCGCGACGGCGGCGGCCACAGGAGACGCGGCGCGCGCUGAAGAGCUGCUGCGGAACGGGGCUGACGUCAACGGCACGAACAGGUUCGGGAGAACACCUAUACAGGUGAUGAUGAUGGGCAGUACUCGGGUCGCGCGCUUGCUGCUGUCUUACGGAGCGGAGCCGAAUGUGUCAGAUAUGAGCACCGGCGCGACCCCCUUGCAUGACGCAGCGCGCGCGGGCUUCACGGACACGGUGCGCGUGCUCCUGGCGUUUAAGGCAGAUCCGGAGCGCAGAGACAAGCGGGGCAGGACACCAGCGGACAGCGCCAGGGAGGCGGGACACAACAACCUAGCGGACUACAUGGACAGCACCGCGUCGACUAAGCAGCGGCUGGAAUCAUCAGAACAGCGCGGACUGUAAAGACACCACCACUCAGACCUGCGCCUCGACUGGGCCGCGCGGAGGCGAAGGCUGAGGGUGGUGGUGGUGCUGGUGUGUUUAACGUCCCAGGUGUGUUUUCUCAGGCUGGUCUGAUUGCUGCAAGCACACCCCACCUUCACCAACUAGUGGCUGGCUGUUUCUUUAAGCGAAGGGGCAGAACUUUCCACAAUAUAGACGCUGCGUUAAGGGUAAAGCGCGCGUGCCCAUUCAGGUUCCCCGCCUUCUCCACCUUUAUAAUGUCUCUGAUAUACUGUAGCUUUAACGAACCGGAGUCGCGAUGACGCUGCGUCCAAAACCACGUAUUAUACCUGCGGUUACUAUAGUAACCUAUACUGCUUUAUACUGUCCUAUUCGCUAAUAGAUGCACUUCUGGAACAGCUCUUAUUUACACCUGCCGUUGGUUUUGGAGGCAGACGAUGCUUGUGAAGCUCGGAACCAAGCCGGUCCAGAAUCAGAAGAAGUGGGGAGCCCUCACUUGGGCUUACUGAGAAAAUCUAGUCGAGUGUGAAAACUCAGUGAAGACCCACCGACGUCACUGCUGAUAAGUUCAGUGGACUCUACUGGGCACUGAACGGUCAGGAGCGCGUGCGCAAAAUUUACAUAAGGCAAUCUUCAUUUUAUCACUGAUAAACAUUACUGUUUAGUCGUGCGGACCAGAUACCCAAA